ACACCGUACUUUCAAGGUAGUGAAUCCACUGCUCCUGAGACUGUGUGUGUGUGUGCAUCUAAGUGUGCGCGCGCCUAAUGGUGGUGAACCAGAGGAAAGUUUAACAGAAAAGCUUUCAAGAGAUGUGGGAUGAAGAGAGGGAGGCACAUUUGUGUCAACACAGCGUACGCUUUCUCAUCUCUCCUCAUUGUGCGCUAAUGACACUGAGCAGUCACCCAGGCUCUUGGCUUUUGUUUGUUUUACAGAGUGUGGAUGCGAGCUUUAUUGUUAUCUUGGAGAUAGGAAGAAAGUGGGGCUUUGGGUCAUUUGUCCUACUGCAAGUCUGCAUGCUUUAUUACAAGACUAGUCUACCUUGACUUUUUUUAAGUAACUUUUAGAACAGAGAUCCCACUGGAAUUACCUCUUUUUGGCAAUGCUAUUGUUUAACACAUUAAUGCCUGGACAGUUUUAAGGAAACCACCAGCCCUGACAUAAUGAAUUAACCCAUUCAGUGCUUGAGAGGUUUGUUAUUGAGGCAUUAAGCUUAGGUUUCAGACAUGAAAUUAUUCACCUCUUGAGUAUUGUUAUACUUUGUACGUUUCCCUUUUGUCAUUUACCUUUGCAGUUGCUUCUGUGUUGGAAAGCUUUGUUUCAGUUUCAGUCCAUUCAGUGUAAAGAAAAGUCUGUUUUGUUUUGCUUUUUGUCUUUGUGGAAUUAGAAGAAGGAAGAACACCCCACUAUAGCUUCUAACAGCGAAAGUGUGAAAAUAAUGACAAGUGCGACAGAUUCUGCACGCAUAGAGAAACGCAUGCUUUCCGCUUCUUUAUUUGUAAAGCUUUUUUAGAGACAGAUUGGUAGGAUAAUUCCAAAUUGAUUGUUAGCACAUACAAUUGGCUAUAUUUUACUCAGGAUUCUCUUGUUUUUUUUAAGCUGUUGAAGAUAAAACAAUGAAGGACAGAAGCAGCAGGAGUGGCACAAUCAGAAGAGGCAGAAGUGGAUGUGAGAGAAAGAGACACUCAGAGAGAGACAACAAGAGGGCAAGAGACCAGGCAUUCAGAGACGUGUGUCCUGACAACCCCAUGCAGUUCGGAACGAGGACGCCGGCAAGCGAGCCCGGGUACAUGGGGGCAUGGCAGAACUGUGAUGCAAACCUUCUCUUCAGAAUGUCCCAACAGGCCAUCCGAUGUACACUUGUAAAUUGCACUUGCGAAUGUUUCCAGCCUGGGAAGAUUAACUUAAGAACCUGUGACCAGUGUAAACAUGGCUGGGUGGCCCAUGCUUUGGACAAGCUCAGUACUCAACACCUCUACCACCCUACACAAGUUGAAAUUGUACAGUCCAAUGUGGUGUUUGACAUUAGCAGCCUUAUGCUGUACGGUACACAGGCUGUGCCUGUGCGACUCAAAAUUCUCCUGGACCGGCUUUUCAGUGUCCUGAAACAGGAAGAGGUACUACAUAUCUUACAUGGUCUGGGAUGGACAUUACGGGACUAUGUCCGUGGAUACAUACUUCAGGAUACUGCUGGCAAAGUCUUUGACCGCUGGGCUAUCAUGUCAAGGGAGGAGGAGAUUAUCACACUUCAGCAGUUCCUCAGGUUUGGAGAAACCAAAUCCAUUGUGGAGCUCAUGGCCAUUCAGGAGAAAGAAGGGCAGGCUGUGGCUGUGCCCUCUUCAAAAGCAGACUCUGAUAUAAGAACUUUUAUUGAAAACAACAACCGCACCAGGAGCCCAAGUGUUCUCUCACAUCUGGAGAACAGCAACCCUUCCAGCAUUCACCACUUUGAAAACAUGCCCAACAGCCUUGCCUUUUUGCUUCCAUUCCAAUAUAUCAAUCCAGUAUCUGCUCCUAUGCUUGGAUUGCCUCCAAAUGGCCUCAUGUUGGAGCAUCCAGGACUGAGGUUGUGUGAACCCGGCAAUUCAAAUCAAAAUGAAUGUGAAGAGACGAGUGAUUCUGAAGUCUCCCCAAUGCCUUACAGUAGAAAUGAGCAACCACCUAGCAGAAAUGCCUUGAGUAGCAUCACAAAUGUAGAGCCAAAAACAGAGCCAAGCAAUGCCUCUGCCUCUGAACCUACUACACCAGUGAAUGAGCUAAAUAAAUCUGAACACACCAAAACUUCCUUCAAGAUUCACAGAAUGAGAAGGAUGGGUGCUUCAUCAAGGAAAGGCAGGGUAUUUUGCAAUGCCUGUGGCAAAACUUUCUAUGACAAAGGAACUUUAAAGAUCCACUAUAAUGCGGUUCAUCUUAAGAUUAAACAUCGAUGUACCAUUGAUGGCUGUAAUAUGGUUUUCAGCUCCCUUAGAAGUCGCAAUCGGCACAGUGCAAACCCAAAUCCCAGACUACACAUGCCAAUGUUAAGGAACAAUAGAGAUAAAGAUUUAAUUCGUGCAACAUCAGGGGCUGCUACACCUGUAAUAGCAAGUACAAAAUCCAAUCUAACAUUGACCAGCCCUGGUCGACCUCCCCUGGGUUUUUCAACCCCUCCUCUUGACCCUAUAAUGCAAAACACACUUUCCAAUCAGCUAGUAUUUCCAGCUUUAAAAACUGUACAGCCUGUUCCUCCUUUUUACAGAAGUCUAUUAAACUCUGGAGAUAUGGUAAGCCCACCAACAUCACUACCUACUAGUCCAGUAAUGCCAUCAUCUUUAGGAGUGGAACAGACUCUUCCUUCUUUCCCAUCUCUACCUCCACAAUCAGAGUUAUCAGGGUCUGUGACUGGUAUAGCAACACAUGAUUUCAAUACAGACCAAGCACCUAAAAAGAAACCCCGUAAGUCUAGCAUGCCUGUUAAAAUUGAAAAGGAAGUAAUUGAUACAGCUGAUGAGUUUGAUGAAGAAGAUGAAAAUAUUGACCAUGGUCCAUCAAUAAAUGACAUUGGUCAUGACGGCCAUUCACAAGAUGAUAUGAGUCCUGGAUUGUCUGUGAAUAGUUAUUCAAAAAAUGGUGGAAGCAGGUGUAUUAGGAGGACAGACACAAGGGCCAAUAGUGUAACUUCUGAAGAUCAGGAGCAUGAGAGAGAUUUUGACAAUGAGUCAGAGUCUUCUGAGCUAAAGUUUUGUGAUGAGCCCAUGGAAGAUGACCGUCAUCCUCUUCACAAAGAAAACAUUAUAAGGUCUAUGAUGGACAAUGAUAAGUCAUAUGAAAAUCACAUUGACUGUCAUCAACAAGCUGUUAUUAAGGUGAAAGAAGAGUUUACAGAUCCUGCCUAUGACAUGUUUUAUAUGAGCCACUAUGGACUAUACAAUGGGAGCAGUGCCAGCAUGGCUGCUCUGCAUGAAAGUUUAGCUUCUUCAUUGAACUAUGGAAGCCCUCCAAAAUUCUCCCCAGAGGGUGACUUAUGCUCAAGCCCAGAUCCAAAAAUCUGCUAUGUGUGUAAAAAGAGUUUUAAGAGUUCAUACAGUGUUAAACUGCACUACAAAAAUGUCCAUUUAAAAGAAAUGCAUGUCUGCACAGUGGCUGGCUGCAAUGCUGCUUUCCCUUCAAGAAGAAGUAGAGACAGACACAGUGCCAACAUUAAUCUCCAUCGCAAACUGUUGACCAAAGAACUGGACGAGAUGGGGCUGGACUCCUCUCAGCCUACACUCCGUGAUGAGUUCUUGGCAAAGAUCUAUGGUGGUCAGCAUCCCAUGGGGCUUGAUGUUAGAGAAGAAACCACAUCUCCAGUCGGAACAGAGGAUUCCCACAUCAAUGGCUAUGGACGAAGCCUAGCAGAAGACUACAUGGUCUUAGAUUUAAGCACGGCAUCAAGUGUCCAGUCCAGCAGCAGCAUCCAUUCCUCUAGGGAGUCUGAUGUUGGCAGUGAUGAGGGCAUUCUCUUGGAUGACAUAGAUGGGGCAAGUGACAGUGAGGAGUCUUCUUACAAAGCCGAUGCCGAUCCCCAUGUCACUGGACAAAGAUGUGAUCGAAUGGAAUCGUCCAUGUACAACAGCUUUGCAUUGAGCAAUGGUGGGAUAAUGUGCAACAUUUGUCAUAAAAUGUACAGCAACAAAGGGACUCUGCGGGUUCAUUACAAGACUGUGCACUUACGAGAAAUGCACAAGUGCAAAGUUUUGGGGUGCAACAUGAUGUUCUCCUCUGUACGCAGCCGUAAUAGGCACAGUCAGAAUCCUAACCUCCAUAAAAACAUUCCUUUUCAUUCUGUGGAAUAGCUUCUAGAUGGACACUGCAAAUCCCAUCUCCGGCAAGGGACACACAUGAACUGCUCCAUAUUUAUAUAUAUAUAAACGUACAUAUAUUAAAAUGUAUAUGUAUGUUGUAUAUCUAUAUAUAAAAAUCUAUAUAUAUAUUCUUUUUUAACUAAAAGGUAAAAAAAAAAACUACAAAACACUAGGUGCUUUUUUAUUUUCAAUUGGGGAUGAAAUUACCCUCAAGAGGACUAAAGGAAAAAAAAAAAUAAUCACAACAAACUUGCAGUCAUUUAACCCAUUUUGUUAUGGAAUGAAGUCCUUGAUUAUCUCCAGAGAUAGUGUCUUAAUAUACCAGUGACUGUUGCUUGCAAAAGAAAAUACAAAAUGUAAAAAAAAAAAAAUAUCCCAUACUUGUUUUCCACUGGUCAGUGUGUAUUCUGGGGGAAGACUCAAACAAGCAUGGCAGGUCUGCCUGUAAAUAUGAAGCUACAAGGGGUGGACAUUAAUUAACAAUUGUCUCAGUGGUUGUGGACCUAGGCCUUUUUGCAACUCCAUCCAUACUGUAUGCGGUAAAAAUAGAUGCUUUUUAGCUCUUGCCAUUUAUUUUAACUUUAAUGCACAUUUUGCAACACAAACACCGAAACACAACCAUGUUUUUAACUACCUUCUAGAUUUAGAUUUACCCUGGUGUUGCAUGCUUACAGCACUAACAAUGAAUUGAUAUUCUUUUGUCAUUUAAAAUUAUUUGUGUAAAAGCAGUCAUGCACUUUGUUAUCCAAACACUACGAAGGGAUGUGUAGUCUUAUCCUUUUUUUUAAACCCUUCAGUGCCAGAGGACAUUCCCACCAGGCACCAUAAUACUGCUUGAGGUACUGAAGUAGCUGAAGCCAUUCACUUUAGAUGCUUUGGCAAAAGAGGACAGGUCAGAGAAAGGGCAUGGUUGCCAAAUGAAAAUAAAAGUAUUAAUAGAGUUUUGCAAAAUACUAGAAAGGAAAACUGCCAAGUUUGCACAUGUCAAGUAAAUUUCAUAAAAAUUCUGUUAAGCUGCAAGCCAUAUUUUGUCAGCCUCCAGAAAAAGAUAAAUGUUAAGUAUUACAGAAUAAUAACUUACAGUAGCAUAGAGUAAAAAGAAAAAAAGAUUUUUUUUUUCUGGAAUCCAGAAAAUGCUCAUAUUCAUAUUGCACAGUUAGAAUGUGGGACCACACAUAGUAGCUAGAGCACUUGAUGAUCAGUGAGGUCUAGGGUGGAAAUCUAGGGAGAGUACUCGAUUAUCAUCUUGACUUGUAUUUGUGUUUAUGUGUAUACCGUGGCCAAACCAUGCAGGCAUAAAUAAUAUUUCUAUCUAUCCCAUCAAGUACAGUGUUAAUGGGGUGUUGUAUAUCAGCUGAAUACUUUAUACAGCCACACAAUUAGAAAAGGAUUGUCCACACUGUGUAUAAUUUAUCAUCAUUUUAUAGCUUCUGCCGGUGUAGGACUGACAUUUUUAACAGAAUUAUCCUUAAUAUGUGAUAACAGUUUUUAGCUUCCAAAAGUCUCAGUUAGCUGCUAUAAUACCAUUGAAGGAUGUGGCUUAAUAGGUCAAUUAAAGAAAGCAAAUCACUUUUGAUUAUAAUUAAGAGACACAUAUUUUAUGGGACAACAACAUUCCAAACAACUUUUGAUGAGGUACAAGUCAUUGAAUGCAGGAAAGGUGAACUUAGACUCAAUGUUGGUGAUUUAAUGGGCGCAGGCAGUGCUCGUUGUAGCUAAUAGGCAAUAUAAGGAAUUAUUAGCUGACUAAACACGGGACCCCCUGUUAAAGAGAUCUACCCACAUUACCAGACCAGGAUAAAUAGAUUAUAUUACAUGGCCCUUGAACUGAGUAGAGAUUGUAAUAGAUCCAGCUGUGGUUAGCAAAGUCUUGUGACCUUACUGCUCUGCCAUUGAUCCCCACAUCAGGACACAGAGACCAGAAGCGCCCAUAAUGAUGAUGAAAUCACGUGCUUGACCUCAAAUGGAAACAUUUCUGUUUGCAGUUGGAAAUUAAAAAGGAAGUAUAUCAGAAUAUAAAUGUUUCUAGUUUUCCUGAGGGAUUUUACAGAGAACAACACUUAGAAAUAUAUUACAAAGCGCAAGGCACUUUCUGAAAACCUUUAUAUUUGUUUCCGGUGUUUACGCAUUUCGCCUGAGCUGGUAAGCCACAAUUCCGCUUGCAAGACCACCAACUGUACAAGCAGAAGGAUAUUUACACAAGUUCAUCAUUCUGCCAAACCUAGAGAUUUUUUUAUAAAUGUCGUAGCCUCUUUCUGCCUGUUUUCCACACGAUACCUCGAUAUACAAUAUGAGCUUAUAAAGUUUCUUGUGUAUUACACUAUCUUUCUGCAUCUGUAGUUUCUAAGGCUCUGAAUGUCAUGUUUUUUAGGUUACAGCAUUAGUUUGUUAUAAUUAUCCAUGCCUUCAUUUUUUUUAAUGUUUAAGCAAAUGUCUCAUGUUUGCCAAAGGAAUAUUAUAUGCAUCCUAAUUUUUCUUUUUUUUUGCUCUUAUUUGAUGUAUUGUACAGAGCACUCGUUAUGGAUUCCAAACAUAUGCAUUGCUAGCAGACAAGACAGUAUUUACAUUGACACUGAUUGCUAAAACCUUGUUUUGUUAGCAAAGAACUCUUGAAAAAUGCCCAAAAGGAAUGACCAUUUUUGUUUCUUCCUGGGUGCAUGGUGAUUAAAGACUGAAAAUACUUGUGAAAUCAGUAAAAAAAAAAAGACUUUUUUUUCUUAAUUUAACGUUACAUAUGUCCAACACUAAUGUUUACUGAGAAAAGCUGAGGAAUUUUUUGAUGACCAUUUUUUUUUUUUUUUUUUAAAUUGUCACUGAGUUUCAAGUACUACUCUCGGUUCAAAUGAAUAGCAUUCAGCUUAGUUUUUAUACUGUUCAUGUAUACUGUAUGUGUUUGUUAAAUUGCAACCGGAUUAAGUAAAGUGUACUCUUCUUGCUGAGAUUGUACGUGUGUUGGUGAUAACAUUCCGUUACACUGCCCUUGGCCUGACCUUCAAAAGCUGAAAUGCAAUAUUAUCUUUUAAAAAGAAUACGAACAAUUUUCUCAAAGACACAGUUUUCACUGUAUGAUACAAACAUGUUUUAAUAAUAAAAGAAAAAAAUUGGUGAUA